CUGAUACCCUGAUGUCCUUCAAGAACUUGCGGCACAUCUCUCUGUCAAAUAACUUGAUGUCGGGUCCAAUUCCGGCGUCAAUAGGAAACCUUUCCCAUCUCUCAGUGCUUAGCCUCCACUCCAACGCUUUCAAAGGUGUCAUAUCAGAAGCUCAUUUCCAGAAUCUCGGAAAUCUGACACAUCUUUCGCUAUCGUCAGAAAAUGCGUCCUUAGUUUUCAAUCUCAGCCUUGAUUGGAAGCCGCUGUUUCUUGGUUUGGUGGCUUUGAAUAUAAAAGAGUGUGCGUUAGGACCUUCCUUCCCGACGUGGGUAACCAUGCUGACAAUGCUUUCAGAGUUGGAAUUGCCGAAAACCGGGAUAGAAGACACCGUGCCGGACUCCUUUUGGAACUUAGCUCCAUCUCUGCAUCUCCUAGACAUUUCGAACAACCAGUUACAUGGAACACUUACCCGAUCCCUCAGUUUUUAUCCUGGCGCCGAGGUUUAUCUGACAGACAAUCAGUUUGAGGGCAUCAUCCCAUCUUGGAGAAAUAUAAGCAUGUUCUCCCUAAGAAACAACCGAUUCUCGGGACGGAUACCUUCAGACUUCCAUCUCGGGUUGUCAAAGGUGAUCUUCCUGGAUCUUUCGGGGAACAUGCUUAUCGGAGAAAUUCCAUGGUCCCUUCAGACCUUGAGAAAGCUCAAGUAUCUGGACCUAUCGAACAAUAAUUUCACGGGGAGCAUGUAUCGCAGUUGGGAGGGUCUAAACCAACUUCACGUCUUCGAUGUCUCCAGGAACAACCUGUCUGGUCGGCUUCCACCUACUUUAUGCUCACACCUACCGUCACUUCGCUGGUUAAGGUUGAGCAGGAACUCCCUCUCUGGAAACCUCUCUUGGCUGAGGAACUGCACAAAGCUGACAACACUUGAUCUCAAAGAAAAUGAAUUCCAUGGGAGCAUACCUGAACAAUUCGCAGAAGAGUUACCUAACUUGAUGGAACUGACACUUCGAGGCAACAAGAUCACAGGGAAAAUCCCCGAAGGAAUGUGCAGGCUCUCGCUUCUGCAUAUACUAGAUCUUGCUGUUAACAACAUAUCAGGACCAAUUCCAUGGUGCAUUGGCAACUUAGAGGCUCUGAAAGUCCUUAGCUUCUACCUUCCUAUGGCUGCAGUAGAUAAGUCGCUAGGUUCGAAGAUUUCAGACUGGAUUGUGGAAGGAAAGGAAAUGGAGUUGAUUGUGAAGGGACGGCUUGCCGAGUUCCGAAACAUGGUCAAGCUUGUCAAUACCAUCGACCUUUCUGUCAAUCAUCUCACAGGACAGAUCCCAGAACAGAUAACAGAGCUCAAGACAUUAGGGUUCCUAAACAUAUCUUGGAACCAACUAACCGAGCCCCUGCCCGAGAACAUUGGAAACUUACGACAGCUUGAGACGCUCGACAUCUCCGGCAACCGUCUCUCGGGCGUUAUACCUCCAAGCAUGACAUCCAUGACCCUGCUGAAUCAUCUUAACUUGUCACACAACAAUUUCUCGGGCAUCAUUCCAAGAUCAAACCAGUUCGCAACUUUCAACGAUCCUUCCAUCUACGAGGGAAAUCCGCAACUUUGCGGACCUCCCCUGACAGCCAAUUGUGUCGCAGCAAGAGGUGGAGACAGGACAGUCCAGGAGGAAGACAAAGAUGACAAUGACGAGAUGGUCUGGAUGUACAUGGGCAUGGCUGUUGGAGGAGCUGCAGGAUUCUGGGCGGUUUGUGGCACUUUGAUGGUCAAGAAAUCUUGGAGAGAGAGCUACUUCAGUCAGGUAGACAGAUUCCUAGGAAUAAUUCACAGCACAACUACAAUCACCAGUGGCCUCCAAAUCCAUCAAACACUCACCACAGGUACUUCAACUUCAAGACGUCCUAGAAGCAUAGCUGUCAGACAAUAGUGUUACAUAAUGAGAUUUCAGUUUUGUAUAAUAUAAGG